AUGGAUAUUGAUGGCUUGAUCUUAUUGUUAGCUGUUUGGCCUUUGUUAAACCUUAUGAGGAAAUCACCAAUUUUAAUUUUAUGUCCAAUUACUUUUGAAUUUACAGAACAAAAUGAACUCACCACGAAGUAUCCAAAAAUUACUGAUAAAGUUGAACCAAAAAAUGAAUUCCUUAAACACGGAGAUAUUAAGUCUUAUUUCAAACCAUGGACCAAUAAAUACAUUCUCCAAUUAUUCAUGCUUACAAAUCAUCGAUUCUCACCAGAUGACGUGUGGUUACAAUCGCACAAGGUGUCAGUAAUCACAUUUGGAAUAAUUCUGAACGCCUUCGUUAUCUGUUCGUCGAUCAUGAAAGGCCAGGAACAAGUCAUGAUAGAUGCUCUUAAACAAGUUAGUUUAAAACAACUCUCGAAUGUGACUUUACAACUUCAACAAAUGCAAUUGUCAAAUUAUAUUGUUGGAUUCUAUGAAAAAGUGUUUCACCUAAAAAAUGCGUUGUGGUUGUGGUAUUCCAAAGGUUACACUUGUUGGUACCUUAGUAGAUUGGCUACACCUUCAAGAAAAGGUCGCAAAACUUC